UUUAUAUGAUACCAGUAUGACAUCAUUUUGAACAAUAAUCUGUCAGUUUAAGUAAACAUGUUAAUUUUUUUGUGUUUUUAAUGGACAUAAAUGCAAAUUUUUUGCUUUUCUUGUAAUUAUGUUAUCAUUGUUUUAAACUGAACUGAACCAUUCAGUGGUUGCAACCUCAUAUAUUCUGCCAAAAACUUGUGUACUUCGUGAUGUUGUCAUUAAAUUAAGAUGUAAUCCAGCCUUAAAGUAAUUCAAAUGAGACUGUCAAGUUCAUCAAGGAGAAUUUUUAUUUCUUGAAACUAGUAUAAAUACGUCUGAAGUUUCACGUGAAACAUUAAAAGGAUAUGAGGAUAUAUUUGAAGGUUGAAACGAAUAAUUGAAGGUGUUUUAAACAAGCAUUGUUAUUUUGGAUGUUUUAGAGGGAUUUUACUGUUUCAAAAGUUGGAUUAAAGAUAUUCAAGGAUUAUUUAAAAGACGACUUUGUAUUUACAAGUUUAUUAAUAAGUUUGUCAAUAGUUGUCUGCAUUGUUUUGUAAUUGGAAUGAUGAUGGAAGAGGAUUCCCCAUUCAGAAGGCUUUCUUUGCAGGAGUAUCCACGUCGUAAAUACGUACUCCAGUCUAUGAAUGGAUCUCCGGUAAUGCCAGGAUCACCUGUUAUCCCUAUGCGCAGGGGACCAGCUUUUUCCAGUCCUGUUCCGUUCAAUGUUCAAUAUGAAUACCUUCAGACACCUCCAAAUGAUGGUGUAAUGAGGAAAUACUCGUCAGAGGAGUACCCAGUUUUUGAUCAACAGGAUCAAUACAGCCCAACUCAGUCUUACUAUGUGGAAGUUCCAGUUUCAAGCAUGUCUCCAUCUUAUCGUCCAGUGCAGCAAGUUCAGCCAUAUUAUUCUGUUCACAGUCAGCAACCAGUUGUACAUGGAAAUCAUCAGCAAGGUCACUUUUCCACUAUGCAGAAUAUGGGUAAUCAGCCAUCACAGAUCCAGUCUCAACAGCCUGUUCAACAAAUUCAGCUGGUUCGCCCAAUUCAACAAAUGCAGCAGGGAAUGGUUCAACAGAUGCAGCAAGGAAUGGUUCAACAGAUGCAACCAGGUGUUGUUCAGCAGAUGCAGCCAGCAGGUGUGGAAUAUGUGGAAUAUCAGCCAAGACGACCAGGGUCUUUGCAGACAUACAUACCAGUUUCAACUCAUCAACAGCAUCACUCUUAUUCUUCAGAAUUCAUUCCUGGUCUAUCUGAUAUACAAGAGAUCAAGUCACCUGAUAUAAAAAAGCAUGUCACUUUUGAAAGUCCACUUGCUAAAGUAAAUGAUGGUGUAAUCAAGAAAAGUAAAGAACCAACCAGUACUGAUGAUGAUACAGAUAGUAUGUAUGAGCCAUAUGUUGGUUUGAAGAAAGCACCAGCUGCCAUCAGGAAAAAGAACAUGAGGGAAAAGAAAGAAGGACUGAAAGGAGAAAGGUUUGAAGAGAAAAAGAUAUCGCAGGAUGAAGAUGGAAAGGAAUCUAAAGUGGAGAAAGUAGACAAGCAUGAUGUAGAAAAGAUUGGUAGAUUUAAUGUACUCAAGGCUAAUGUGUCCAAGAAAUUAGUUAAGGAGUAUGAGGGAAUUGAAAAACCUUGUCUUACAGAACGAAGACCGCGGCGACAUACAGUACAUUGUGCACCCGUUGAUAGCUUUGUUGAUGAGGAAAAGAAGAGAAAAUCUGCUAUGUGUGCAAUGACUGCUUAUAAUGUACCUGGAUCAAGUACAGUGGCUAUAGAUAACAAGAUAGAGCAAGCCAUGGAUCUGGUGAAGAGUCAUCUGAUGUUUGCUGUAAGAGAAGAAGUUGAGGUGUUGAAGGAGCAGAUCGCCGAGCUUAUCGAGAGAAACAAUCAACUCGAGUACGAGAACGGUAUCCUGCGCGCUGCUGCGAGUCCGGAAACGUUAGCUAAACUGGCACAACCUCGACAACCAUUACCAUCAUCAUCAUCAUGAAGGGACGGCAAGAUGUAUUUAUACACAUCGCUUACACUCUAUACUCAGUGCUCACAACACUGGAUUUAAGGGAGGUAACUUCAUAAUGAUAAAAUAAGAAUGUGAAAGUUACCUGCCUUGGAAAUGGUAAGGGAAGAAUGGUCUCCCUUUUGUUCAGUAUUCCAACUGUGAACAGUCCAUGAAAAAAAGGGGGAGCAAUGAAGAAUGAUAAGACCGAUGACGUGUUCUCUCAAUGAAUUCCUGUUUGCAGAUGUUAUGUAUGCAAAUAUGAGAACGAUUCAACGUUUAUUCAACGUUUUAAGAGAUGUCAAAUAUGGUCUAAAGGAAGUUAGUUCAGUGACUAAGGAUGGAAACAAACCAGCUUAAUGAGUAAGACUAUGACAGGAUAUAACAUAAAAUAGAAAUAUUGAUGGGUAUGAAAUAAAGGAAAAGAAUAAAAAGACAGUAAAGAACAAUAAAUGGAACUGACCUAGUAGGACUAUGGAAACCUGUACAAAACAUUAAUAGUUCCAUACUGACUGGGAUGUUUGUGUGGAAGAUCCAGUGAUAGACUCUACUCCUUAUACAAAAUAAAGCCCCAACCCUACCCUGCCAUUCUUGCUUUUAAACUAGCCAUAUAUCACCAUUUAAGUGCUUUAUAUGAAAGAAAUCGUGCUGAAAAAAAACCAACUGUAGCCUAUCAAAUUUUAUCAAUCUUUUCCUCAUUCUAUUUCUAAGAUUUCUUAUUUUUCACAUGUCUACUUUUAAUCUUGCACAUCCAUGUUUGGAUUUGUAAUUAUGUACAGAAUCAUUUCUCUAUUUCUUUCCACUACUUACGAAGACUUUCUCUUCCAUACAUUUGUAAAUUAGUCUGGAGUUAUUGACUUGAGAUGUUUUUGAAUUUUAGCUUUUUUAUCAGAAACGCUGACAAGUGGCUGUGUCGGCUACUGUACAGCAGUCAUAUCUUAAAGUCACCUUAGUGCAGUAAAAGGUAACACCUUAUAUAAUUCAAUAGGAGUUAACCUGUUACUGCAAUAAGGUGACAAUUUGUUUAAUCAUAAAGAUCAAUUUUUGUAAUAUGAACUAUUUUACAUGCAUGUCCAUGUCAUACCGGCAUUAUACUAUAUAAACAAAAACAAAAAACAUUCAUGAUUAUUACACAUUUAAAAAAUGAAAUAAGGGUUUCACGCUACUUUACCAUAACUCCAUGAGUAAAGUGUUGUGUUGUGAUUAACCCUUACCAAUAUCAUAUAUGUAAUAUAAUCAUAAAUAUCUUGGUGUUAAAAUAUGUUCUCUGUUUCUGAAUUGAAAAGAAAAAGAAGAAAAAACUGUUGUUUUGUUUCCUGUUCUUUUUUUUUUAUUGCGAUCUUUAAAUCACUAUUUGGAGAGAGGAAACUGAAAUCUGUAUGUUUUAAAGCAAUGAAAACAUUAUGAGAUUAUUGACAGCGUAUGUCAAACAGUGAUAUCAUAAAGAGUUAUUUGUGAUAACUACAAUAAUCCUUGCAUUAAAAGAUCUCUUUAUUAAUGAGUUCAGGGCAGUCUGUUGGUGGAGGUGGUCAUAUAGUGCAGGUUUACACAAACUUAAAUGUUUGAGGCUUGGGUUGAAAUGAUUUCAAAGAGUUAUUUUUUCAUGACAGUUAUGUUAAUCUUUUGAAUGGAAACCCUGAGUUGUUUAAAACCAUGGAUAAAAAAGGUGGUUAGUCAAAUGACGACAAAUGACCUGUGGUCAGAGGUGGUCUUUUAAUGCAGGGUUUACUGUAUCUAGUAUUUAGGGUUGAAAACUAAAGCCUUCACCUUAAUAUCAGAUAACAGGUGGCACAUUAGUUGUUCUAUCACACAGGUGACUUGAUGAUAUGAACUCUUAUCAUCUGCUGACCACAUACUGGACAGGGGGCAAAUAUUACUGAGAUGAUUUAGAUCAGCCUUUCAAAAGACUUGUCAAGAUGGAUCAACUUAAUACUUCAUAUAACAUGUCCAAAGCCCUUGUUUAAAUCAUGAUUAUUUGUUACUCAUUUUGAUGAGGAGGAAAUAAAUGUUUUAUGAUAAUAUUAAUGCAUUCAAUUUAUAUCAAAAUUUUAAUGUAAAUGAAAAAUUUAGAACAACCGUAAAAUGUUCAAGUUAAAAAUAGGACUUCCUUCAACAAAUUGUAUAUCUAUUUAUAGAAUAAUGACUCGUGUGUUUAUAUAUGCAGUUAAGAGGAAUACCGCCUUUCCAAGUGCUUUGUUUCAUUUUAAAGUUGCGGUUUUUUAUUUCGUGGUUUAAAGGUUUUCCGCCCACAACAUUUUGUGUUGUCAUGUGACUUGGUUUACCAUCAAACCAAGACGACCUUAAGUCAUUGAUCAAGAUGAUGAAAAUGCAUUUUUAAAACCAGUUUCAGGGUUAUACAUCAGAAGUUAUUCAUGUGUAAUUAUUGAGUUUUUUGAAAUACAUAAUCAAAAGAAAACAAAACAUGUCUUAAACGAGUAAAAUCUAGAUUUUUGUGGUGAAGGCUUUAGUUUUUACAAUAUGUAAUUUGUAAAUGUGUACAAGGGCAUAAAGUUCAUGUUAAAAUAUAAAGAAUGUCAUGAUUUUAUGUUAUGUUAAUUGAAAACUGUGUAAUAAAGUUUUGAAUGUUCUAUGUGUAAUAAAUUUGAGAUAUUAACGAGGAUCCGAGUAUUUGUUAUAUUAAAAAAAUACGUAGAGAGAUGUUACGAAAUGUCGUCAAAUUUACGAGCAGUGAAACACGAAAUUUUUCACAGGAAAUGCAUUAUAGAUACAGCUGAUGAAUAAUUAAUGAGUUACUUGCAAACAUUUUCUGUGACCUAGUUUUAAAAUUUUGUUUACGAAAUUUGCAAACAUUUUGUAAAAAUUCAUCAAGCGUGAAAUAACUUAAGAUAACAGUAAAGGCUGAUGGAAAAAUACUGUUCCAAUUUCGCCAAGUGUUGAUUAGUUUUCAUAAUAUUCGCUUAACAGAGUUUAACGAAAUGUUUGUAGAAAGUAGUAACGGAGAGUCGGGGAGAAGCUUAGACCUUUCCAUAGACCCUGAAAUAUAAUGAAGUCUUGGUCAUAUACAUCUUUACGGUCUUUCUAUUGAAAUAGUUAAAAAGAAAUAGUUAUUGAUGGAUAAAACUGACUGAUGGAAAAACUUGAUAAAUGAUCGACUCAAAUCGCACAUGCAUUUAUUCUUUCUUGAUAGGUAUUCAAUUUCUGUAACUGAUUUUAUCGAUUCAGUGAGGAAAUAUCCGAGAACUUUCAAGAUAUGAUUUAUAUAUAAAUAAAAAGGUUUGACAAAUUUGUAUUCAACCUGAAUGAUGACUAAGAUUUUUGUUCAGUAUGAACACAUGUUUAUUUUUAUUCGAACAGUGACAAUUCACCUGUCUGUCAUACAAACCGAUUCUGUUUUAAGUUUAAUUUAUUCAACCAGGACAGUUUCAAUAUCCGUUUUUUUCAAACUGACAUGGUUACAAAUAAGAAUGUUUUUCUUUAUUUGACAACCAAUUUCUCUAUAUCAUUUAUAGUUCAAGGGAGAGAACUGAGAUAGUGCUAUUCUUAAAAAUUCUUUCACAAUGUUCUUUAACUUGUUAAUCUUUAUAUUGUGUAUAGAUCUAUAUCAUUUUUUACAUGAAGACAGAUUAUAAAUAUUUUGUGAAAAAUUCAAUACAAGAAUAUCUGUUUCAAAAUUAUUAUAGGGAUUUCUAGGGGGCUAUAAGAUAAAAAUUGUUGUCAUAAGGUAAAAACAUUUAAGAUAUGGCUUAAAAAAAUGUCAAAUACAGUCUAAUCAGACUGUUUACUGUUGGCCUAGUCCAUUUUAGUAUUUCAAUUCUGAAAAACCUCGAACUAAAAAUGGAUAAUUCCGAAUCCAGAAAAGGACACGUUCAUUGUACAAAUUUAUCAAGGUUAGAUUUGAGUGAAAAUUAUAGAGCUGCCUAAAAGUAAAAUUAGUUUAAUUGUGCUAAAUAUGUCCUGAAUUAAAUGGAGCAUCUGUGGCCAUCCUCUCAAAAAGGUAGCAAUAAUUUUAAAGAAAAAACAAAUGGAUUAGAAUUUGUAUGCAGCAAAAUAUUCAAAUGUUACUUUUUCAAUCUCAACAAAGGUUUUCCUCGAUAUUUUAACGAAAACAGAAUUUUAAUGUCAUUUGUAUUAUACUAUAAAAAGGAAAUCAUUUUAUUGGCCAGUUGUUUUUUGGGGUUUUUUUCUGUGUAUUUGUAUAUUUUAAGAUGUUACCAUUCUGGCAUUUUAUUAUUGUUCAUGUAAGCCCAGGGCAUUAAGAUAUGAAAAGAAUAAACAAAAUUUGUAUGAUUAAAUUGUGUAUAGUUUUAUUUGAUUUUAGUUUGCGGAAAUGAUUUUGAUUAAUUGAAAGCAAUUAGAGUCGCGUCACGACAAACCAAACAUAGGUCGUUUGCGACCAGCAUGGAUCCAGACCAGCCUGCGCAUCCACGCAGUCUGAUCAGGAUCCAUGCUGUUCGCUAUCAGUUUCUCUACUUGUAAUAGGGUUGGUAAGCAAACAGCAUGGAUCCUGAUCAGACUGCGCGGAUGCGCAGGCUGGUCUGGAUCCAUGCUGGUCGCAAACGCACUAUGUUGGUUUUGUCGUGACGCGGCUCAUUUGAUAGUUCAGCACACCAUUUUUUUUUGCUGUUAACUCAGAUUAUCAUGCAGUUAACUGGGAUAACUGUGCUGUAAACUUAGGUUGUCUUCCUGUUAACUCUAUGAUCCUGCUGUUAACUCAAGUUUGUGCUGUUAACUCAAGUGAUCUUGCAGAUCUACUUACACCUAUGUAUUGCUGAACUGUUGAUUAAUUAAACAUGAAGUAUGAAUUUUAUCAUACAAAAAGAAUCGUGUGAAAGUAAUGUCUUGUUCACAUUUUAUAAAUAAUUCCAAUAUGUACAUAUCAGCUCAUUAUGAAUAAUGAUAGAAAGAUUGUGUAUAUUGUGAGAUGAUAAAUUAGCUAACAAGUAUGUCAAAUACAGUAUGACUACAAGAUUUCAUAUAAUAUUACAGUUCAAUGCAAAACUUUAUCAGCAAUUUAUUAGAGCGAUGUCAAUUAAGAACUGGAAUCACAAGGUCAAUGCAAAACUGGCAAUCUAAGAGUAGGCAAUACAAAAGUAUUAAUAUUCAAAAGAAGUCAGUGCAAAUCUGGCAGCUACUAACCGUUUCAAAACUGUCAAUUGAGUGUCGAAAUUAAAGAGGUCAAUACAUAACUGGUAGUAUUAAAAAGGUCAAUACAUAACUAGCAAUAUUAAAGAGGUCAAUGCAUAACAGUUACUGGCAAAAUUUAAGAGGUCAUUACAUAACUAGGUCAAUAGAAUUCUUGGCAGUAUCUGUCGUAAUUUUCAUUAUAUGAAGGUGUGUAACAUUUGACCUUUUGAUUAAACAAAUUUAUUACAUUAUCAAAUUUAUAUUUGAUGAAAAAUUCAGUAUUUUUUAUGCUUUUUUUUUUAGAUUUUACAUUAAAUAUUUUACCCUCAUAAUUGGUAACAAUUUUUUUCUUUCAGAUUCUUUUGCACUUAUUGAUCUAUUUCAAUUGAAAAGUAAGUUAAUGAUAUUAAAUAAAAUAACUGUAAAUUGGUUUUCUAAUAAGGAAAUUUAUGUCAAAUUUAUUUUUUGAAGAAAAUGUUCUAUUUUGUGAAAUUUUGUAUGACUUUACUGUAGAAUAAAUGUAAGAAAAAUUGCUAAGUGGCCAGUGUGUAUACAUGUACAUUGUAUAUAGAAUUUGAACAGAACAAAUGUGACAAAAUAGUCUGUACAUAUGUAAAUAUAUAAUUACAAAGAAAAUACAUAAUACUAUUUUUUUUUUCUGUUGUUCUUAAAGAUUUGUUGGAGUCAAACUUGUUACUUUUAAUCCUGUUGUGAGGAUUCAAAUAUUUCUGAUGAACUUUAUUUCUGAGACAUUUGAAGCAUUGCGGAACCCUUUGUUGCAUUUUUCUCUGCUUCCUGAACCCACCUGUGUGUGAUGCUGACCCAGAUUCUACAGCUAUUAACAAUGAUAUGCCCCAUGCUUUUCUACUUUUUGUUGUUGUGCGAAGUUCAUGCUUUUCAUAUUUAAUCAGCCAUUUUUUAACAUAAAUUGUUUAUUCUGUCUUACUAAAGACUGCAAAAUAAUUUACUUUGGUCUUCCAAAAGACUGCAAAAAAAUGUAAAUUGCAUCUUACAAAAGAUUGCAAAAUUGUGUAUUCUGCAUUAAAAAAGACAGCAAAUUUGUUAAUUUGGUGAAAAGACUGCAUUAAAAAAAAUUUAACUCAUUCUCAAAGUAAGACAAAUAACAAUUUGAAUAAAAUACAAUGUCUGAGUGAAAAGUGCAGACUAUGAUCAGAAAUCAUGCUUGUCUUGGUCUGCACUGGCUGGGCUGGUAAAUUUAAUCGCCACCCAGAAGUCUAAGGGUUGAGAUGAACAUCAUAAUUAAUUUUACUUUCUAAUUAUUUAUUUUACUUUUAGUAUUAUCAAAUUUCUGCAUUACUUUUCAAGCAUAUAUUUAAUAGUAAAUGUUUCGUUUUUCAAAAUUAGUUCUUGCUUAUUGGCUUUACUAUUAUAUUUUAGUGUUGUAAACAGGUGUUUUGUUAAUAUUUCAUUUUCUUAAAACAGAUUUUUUAAAAAAAGAAGCUAAAAUUAGCAAAAAAUUAAAAAAUGUAAUAACAUCUGAGCCGCGUCACGACAAAACCAGCAUAAUGGGUUUGCGACCAGCAUGGAUCCUGAUCAGACUGCACGGAUGCGCUGGCUGGUCUGGAUCCAUGCUGGUCGCAAACCCAUUAUGUUGGUUUCGUUGUGACUGUGCUCAUAUAUUUAUACUCUAUGAGUAAGAUUUUUUUGUAAAUGUGUUCUUGUUAAAGUUAAUUAAGCUUUUGUUGAAAACGUGUAAUGUGAUAUUUAAGAGAAAUAGCAGUAAUUUGUUACAAUUAAUAUAAUUAUAUGCAUCUUUUUUUUUCCUAUGAAAAUAAUCUUAGAAUUAUUUUAUUAAGAGCAGAACACUUAGAUGAUUGUAUUUUUUUUUUCUUCUUUUUUUUUUUACAUAAGAUUGAACAAAGCAGAAAAGGUGGGCCAUCAUCAAAUUAAUUGAUUUACUUCAAAUGGUUUUGUACAUGUAUAUGUUUGCACUCACGAAUUAAGUAUAUUACAUUGUAAUAAGUAUUUGUAAGAACAAGAUGAAAUUCCUAUUAUACAUUAUUUGUCAGUAUAUUUAUAUAUCUGGUCAUUGUGGAUUUUAAUCAAGUGUUUGUUUAUUGUAUAACAAAAGAUAAUUAUGUGAAGAAAAAAAUAAAUGGUUAUAAAAUGUUUGAAAAAAAAAAAGAUAAAACUAUAGCCUAUUGGGUAAAAGGUUUUAAAGACCUAUCUAUUUAAAAAAAGGAAUGCAUGUUUCAAGUCUUGAAGAAUUAAAAUCAGAAUUCCUCAUGUAA